GACCCUUUUAGUUUGAAGCGGGCGCCCGCGCCGGAAGUGUGCGGCGGUCGCUCGGCGGUGCUUCAGCUCAGAGUCAAAGCGCAGAGAAGCGUCGGAACAUUCGAGAGGCGAGAGGAGACUCACACAUCCACCGAGCUGCCACCGCUUCGUCCGGACGUCCCCCCCUCCCUCGAAACCCCGCGAGGACGACCCAGAAGCCCUGCCUCCGUCUCCGAGCCUGGCACCUGCACCGGUUGGACGCUCUCGGGUGUUGGACUGCGCGUCUUCGGGAGCCGCUAAACCACCAAGGAACUCUGCUGCAACCCACACGACACCCGCCGCAGCCAUCCAGCUCCGUUCACUGCGUCUCUUGGACGAUCAGCGUUGUGUUUAUGUCUUUGUUUUGCGAAAACGAGCUGUUGCGCAGCCGUUGGAACCUGUGUGGUGGAAAUCUAGCCUUCAAGCAAGGAGCUUGCGGCCACAGCGGCACAACAUUUUUCAUGUCAGAGACCGAGCACGCUUGCAGUCGUUUAUGUCAUCCCCUCUUUUCCAGACAGAAGAUCCCGAAAAAUCCCCAACCAAGAUCCUUUUAUCUUACUGAUAGUGCUAACAUCCAGCCAAAAUGUCUGUCAACGUCAACCGCAGCGUGUCAGACCAGUUCUACCGCUACAAGAUGCCCCGUCUGAUUGCCAAGGUUGAAGGCAAAGGGAAUGGAAUUAAGACAGUUAUUGUCAACAUGGUUGAUGUUGCAAAGGCACUGAACAGGCCUCCAACAUACCCGACCAAGUUUUUUGGUUGUGAACUCGGCGCUCAGACCCAGUUUGAUUCCAAAAACGACCGUUACAUCGUCAACGGAUCCCACGAGGCGAACAAGUUGCAGGACAUGCUUGAUGGGUUCAUCAGAAAAUUUGUGCUGUGCACCGAGUGUGACAACCCUGAAACUGAUCUGCAUGUCAAUCCCAAGAAACAAACCAUUGGCACUUCCUGUAAGGCCUGUGGAAACCGCGGCAUGCUCGACACCAGACACAAACUCUGCACGUUCAUCCUCAAAAACCCACCAGAAAAUUAUUCUUCCUCCCCAUCAACAGAGAGCACCGACAGUGGAUCCGCAUCUGCAAAGAAAGAGAAAGAGAAGAAGAACCGCAAGAAGGACAAGGAGAACGGCUCCGGCAGCGGAGAGGCUGGGAACCAAGAGAACUUUAACGCUCCUGAGGUCGUGGACCGAGACGACGACGACGAGGACUGGGCCGAGGAGACUACGGAGGAGGCACAGCGGCGGCGAAUGGAGGAGAUCAGCGACCACGCCAAGAACCUGACGCUCAGCGAGGACCUGGAGAAACCCCUGGAGGAGAGAGUCAACCUGUUCUACAACUUUGUCAAACAAAAGAAGGAGAGUGGAACCAUCGACGGGGCUGAUAAGGAUAUCUUGGCGGAGGCAGAGCGUCUGGAUGUGAAGGCCAUGGGCCCCCUCAUCCUCAGCGAGCUGCUCUUCAACGAGAACAUUCGCGAUCAGAUCAAGAAGUACAAACGCCACUUCCUGCGAUUCUGCCACAACAACAAGAAGGCCCAGAAGUAUCUGUUGGGAGGCUUCGAGUGUGUCGUGAAGCUGCAUCAGGUCCAGCUGCUGUCGCGAGUUCCCAUCAUCCUCAAAGACCUGUACGACGCUGACCUGCUGGAGGAGGACGUCAUAUUCACCUGGGCAGAGAAGGUCUCUAAGAAAUACGUCUCUAAGGAACUUGCCAAAGAGAUCCACGCCAAGGCUGCUCCUUUCGUCAAAUGGCUGAAGGAGGCAGAGGAGGAGAGUGAGGGCAGCGAAGAAGAGGAGGUGGAAGAUGACGAGAACGUGGAGGUUGUGUACUCGUCCUCUGCCCGCGAGCUCAAAGUGGAGACAGUGAAGAAAGACACGCCCGAAAAGGAAGAGGACGACCUCGACAUCGAUGCAAUCUGAGACUCUGGCGACGCUGAUGCUUCUCUUGUGUUGUGGCUUUGACUCACGAUGCCCUGUGCGACCCAAAUGGCUGGCCACUCCCUCCUUUACUUACCUGCCUCCCCCCCCCCCCUCGUCCCCCGUCCCUCUCCCUCCUCUGCUUUGUGGCAUGACUUAACAUAGCGCUUUACUUGCUGCACAUUAACGCUAAUCUAAUUUCUGAGAUCUAUUGAGUUGAUGGAAUGAAGUCGAUUUGGGGAUUUUAAUCAGGGGUGUUCUGGGAUCAUUUUGACUGCACAUUUUGUUGUUGUGUUUUUUUUUUUUUUUUUUGGUCCCUGUAUUUUUCCAGUCAAUAAAGAAUGAAUGUUUUGCUAUCCAGCACACUUGAUCGUUUACUUUGGAUUGAAAUCGUACAUGCAGGUGACCCCAAAUUAAAUUCUAAAGCUCCUCUAUAAUAACAUUGAUGGACAGAAUAUUAACGAUGACCUGUUUGAGGAUUGAUUGAAAAAUUCACUGGUCCAAGAAUCUCGUGUUUAUUUGCUUCUUCUGUCAUUAAACUGAAUAUAUUUGGA